GUAUCUUGGCUAAGAAAAACUCCCUAGAAAGGCAGGAACCUAGGAAGAAACCUAGAGAAGAACCAGGCUCUGAAGGGUGGCCAGUCCUCUUCUGGUUGUGCCAGGUGGAGAUUAUAACAGUACAUGGCCAAGAUGUUCAAAAGUUCAUAGAUGACCAGCAGGGUCAAAUAUUAAUAAUCACAGUGGUUGUAGAGGGUGCAACAGGUCAGCAACUCAGGAGUAAAUGUCAAUUGGCUUUUCAUAGCCGAGCAUUUAGAGUUUGAGACAGCAGGUGUGGUAGAGAGAUAGAGUCAAAAACAGCAGGCCCGGGACAAGGUAGCACGUCCGAUGAACAGUUCCAUAGCCGCAGGCAGAACAGUUGAAACAGGAGCAGCAGCACAACCAGGUGGACUGGGGACAGCAAGGAGUCUUCAGGCCAGGUAGUCCUGAGGCAAGGUCCCAGGGCUCAGGUUCUCCGGGAGGGGAGGGAGAGGGAGAGAAAAAUAAUUAGAGGGAGCAUACUUAAAUUCCCACAGGACACCGUAUAAGACAGGACAAUUACACCAUAACAGACUGACCCUAGCCCCCCGACACAUAAACGAUUGUGUGUGGGAAAGAGCGAAAUAGAUAAGUGUGUAGUGACUUGGGGGAUGGUAAGAGAGAGAGACAGAGACAGAGAGUAGAGCAUGUUAGUGCGUAAGCUACGAGAUCCACAGAGAGAAAACGAGAGAGAGGGGAGAGCGCUGGAGACCGAAACAGCGACUGAGGAUAGCGGCUAAUGGACGGAGUGAGAGUGAAGACACACUUCUCCACAGGUCUUCCACCUUCUUAUCCAUCACUGGAGAGCGAGAACAAGAGAACGGAGGAGAGGAGUUUUUUCCUCUUUCUGUAUUCCCUCUCCCUCAUCUCCAUCAGUGACUUGAACAGGCUGACUGGGAUGGGACUCUGACAGUGCUCAGCUACCUGGAUACGGCAUCCUGGAGCCAACUCAAAGAAAAUGGGAGUGUAAACGUAUCCCGGGGAUGAGCUCAUAUCAAAGCCAGGAAUUGUCAUGUACUUGUUCAGCCGGGGUGUAGCGACUGAAUGACCACCCGUGAGAACCCGCUCCCCUCUAUCACCACAGAAACAGAAACAUGGAAUGGUGAAAGUGUAGAAUUCCCCACAGCACCUCUUACCAAAGACCACUCCUGAUGAGUAUGCCAUUCGACUAGCUGGGAUAAACCAGACAGAACAGGGCAACUCCCAACCACUCCAGGUCCAAUUCCUUCCAAUAGGACAUUCUAAUCAAGAGAAAUGAAUGUUCUCCCUUGGCGAAGUUCCUUGUGUUUGAAUGAGACCCAGAAACCUCGCCCUGAUUUCACCACCUGCAAACAGAUAUGUAAUAAGAUGUGAGUUUAUUUGUGAAUGAAUAUGGACUGUUACACAUUUGGCUGCCAAGAAUUCAUCUGUGGAUCAAAUUGCUUCAGUCAGUGGAGAGUAGAAACUACCAAGGCUGGGCUUUAUAAUGAGAAAUCCAUGAGAAACAGAGCAACAUGAGAAUUGAGAGACUGCAGGACUCUGAAUUGGUUGAGGUUAACCCCCUCUAUGUUGCAUGUGGACCGUGAGAUUGGAGAAAAACACUUUACAGACAUUACAUUCCCUCCUGUCUCUUCAGAGCUGCACCUCUACAAAAAUGAGGAUCUUUCAUGCUCCCACUGCUCCUUCAUCUCUCCUUUUGACCCAUUCAUCAAAGGAAUAUAACGGAAGUCAAUGACACUUUAGCUAUUAACACCAGAAAAAAGCAGAAGUGAACUUUAGGGUUCCAUAGUGAGAAAAACUCUGCUCUAUCCAUUAUUUUUGAACCAAUUAUGAAAGGAGUUUAUCAGAGAUCAAUGAUACAUUACACUAAAGCAACACUUUGGGGUUAACAGAGAGCCAGCUAAGAGCAUUGAGAAGAGUACUAUAUUCUAUAAUGGGACUGAGAGACUCAAAUCAGUAGGUAUGACAGACUGGACUGAAUAGGAAAACAUACACACGAAGUCGCAUCUUAGUUCCAAGGGGCCUAGGAGAGGCAAAAACUGAGGUAAACUGGUCAAAUGGAAAACAUGGCCACCAACCGGUCCGGUGACUACCCGGAAUACCCCACCGGCCUCCCCUACAACUCCAGCCUAGACUAUGAGGACUACGAGCAGGAACUUGAUGCCAGUAAGAUCAUCAUCCCCUCCAUCUACGCACUGGUCUGCUGUGUGGGUCUUACAGGCAAUGCCAUGGUCAUCUAUGUCAUCCUCAAAUACGCCAAGAUGAAAACUGCCACCAAUAUUUAUAUAUUAAAUCUGGCAAUUGCAGAUGAACUGUUUAUGUUGAGUGUUCCAUUCUUGGCGACUUCAGCGGCUGUACGUCAUUGGCCGUUUGGCUCGCUCAUGUGCCGUCUGGUGUUGAGCGUGGACGGCAUCAACAUGUUUACAUCUAUCUUCUGUCUGACGGUGUUGAGCGUGGAUCGAUAUGUGGCCGUGGUUCACCCUAUCAAGGCUGCCCGCUACCGCCGUCCCUCCGUGGCAAAGGUGGUCAACGUCUGCGUGUGGGGCCUCUCGCUCCUCGUCAUCCUCCCCAUCAUCAUCUUUGCUGACACGGUCCCGGCGCAGGACGGCGGCGUGGACUGCAACUUCCUGUGGCCUGAGGCUGCAUGGUCAGUGGCGUUCGUGGUGUACACCUUCCUGCUCGGCUUCCUGCUUCCUGUAGGUGCUAUCUGCCUCUGCUACUGCCUGAUGGUGGCGCGCAUGCGUGCGGUCGGGCUCAAAGCCGGUUGGCUGCAGCGAAGGCGCUCGGAGAAAAAGAUCACGCGGAUGGUGUUGUGCAUUGUGGCGGUCUUCGUGCUCUGCUGGAUGCCCUUCUACAUCGUCCAGCUGGUCAGCGUGUUCCACCGCCCCCCGGACGCCAUGGUCACCCAGCUCUUUGUCAUCCUGAGUUACGCCAACAGCGGCGCCAACCCCAUCCUCUACGGCUUCGUGUCCGAUAACUUCCGGCGGUCGUUCCAGAGGAUUGUGUGUUUCCGUUGGCUGGAGUCUGGGCUGGAUGGAGAACAGGUGGACUACCGUGCCGUAGCUCUGAAGAGACAGGCCACCAAUGGACAGAAAGACUUCCCUAAGGAAUGUCUGGCAUCUGGUAUGGUGUUCCGGAAUGGGACAUGCACGUCACGCACGACUACACUGUGACUGGAGUCAAUAGUUGUAGAUGAUAAAACACAAUGCCACACGGCGAAUGAUGGGAUAGCAACGCAUGACAACGAAUGACACCACACAUGAACAAUGAGUGAGGCCCGUGGUUGAUGAGAACGACACGUGUCUUUGAAAAUAAAGUAGAUGUUCACAUACUCCCUGCUGCUCUGAAGUGUGACAAUCAUAUGGGCUUUGUUUUUCCCGCUGGAUAAAGAGCAUUAAUUGACUGUGUAGCACAGGAGGUUGUAUGCACAAAAUAGAGAUGCUAGAUGUCAGUGUGAUGGUUGACUGACUACAAGCCAAGCCAAAUGAGGUUUCUCAUACUGAGGUGGUGCAGCUAUGACAAGUUUAUCAUUUUGACUUGGUCUUUUACCCGGUGUUUAGAGCACAUGUGUUUGUUUGACCUAUGUCCUUCUGUCUGUAAACCUAUUUAUUGUGCUGUAUAAGCUAUAUAUGUAAUUAUGUAUUUAUUUACUUGGGGUUGGAUGAUAAGCCGAAACUGCCUAUGCUUAAGUACAUGGGCAAUAAUUGAAUAAUUUGCAGAAUCAUACAUUUGCCACAGAAGUCAAGUCUGAAUCAUAGGGGUUGUAAAGCAUUAAUGCCCAACGUCUCUGUUGAGUCCUGCUGUGUUCUCUCUGUUGCUUUCACUUGCUCAAACACAUUCAUGCAAGCAGCCCAAAGGGACAACUGUAAAUAGCCAAGCUGAAAUAAAUGUUUCAUUUGGAAGUGUGGUGAUCAUGUUUUGAAAAGAACGGUUCACUGAUGGUUUUGACAUUCAAACUCUGUCAGUAGCACAGAAAAAUACUCUCCACAUUUUUUUUUCCGAAAGGAACUGCAGUCAGUCAGCUUAGAAAGCAGUUGUGAUCAUUUUUUCACAUGGGCUUCGUGAGGCACAACGCUCACACACACACACACACACACACACACACACACACACACACACACACACACACACACACACACACACACACACACACACA